UCUCUCUCUCUCUCUCUCUCUCUCUCUCUAGGGUUCUGUCUGUUUACUGGUAAAUUCGAUCUCUUUAAUUUUCAGAGUGAAAAUGUCAUCGUUGGGAACUUCAAAGGGUGUUUUGGAGAUCGCAAAAUUCGCCAUAUACGUGACCGUUCCAAUCGGCCUUAUGUAUUUCUUUGCCAACAAUUCCCAGAAUAUGCAGAGGUUCAUGGGCAAUCGUCCCUAUGUGGUGUAUCCCCCAGAGGGACCACGGCCACCAUCACCAGAGGAACUAAGGGAGAUGGCUCGAGAAAUUGCUCGCAAGAGAAAUAACUCGCAAGAAUAACAUUGAUAAUUGCAUUAUUGGGCUAUAAAUUUGUAGUAUAGCUUUUCAGUUGUACCUAUGAGUGGUUGAACGUAAAUGUUGUUAAAUGUAAUAUGUGGUUGUAAUAUGCGGUUAAGACUUGUGAAAAAUAAAGAUGGUGCUUCAAUAAAUUAACAUUUUGUUUGAUUUUGAUAA